AUGUUAGAAUAAAUAAUCUUUCUAGUUUUUGUCAACUUCUCGUACGAAUAAAUAAAAUAUGACACAGGUCUUACUCUAGUUUACGAUUAUAUACAUGAUAGUUUCAAUUGUUAAAAUGGAUAUUCAAAAAGUGCAAUUAUUCAAUUCUCUGGAACAUUUUAGAAUAUCCCAUAGGUUUUUCUUUAUCACGAGAAGUAUGAUUGGAUGCCAGCUGAAUUGCAAUACACAUUAUCCAUCACAACAAUUACAACAGUAAGUAAUUAAAGUGUUUUUAAUAGGUUUCACAAUAACAACGAGUUGUUCAAAGAACAGAGUGUAUAGAAAUUAAUUAAGAUGGUGUGCUUUAGAUGAUCAACGUAUUGAAGUACUUAAUAACUUUGAUAUGGUAAACCCUGAUGAUAAAACAUUUUCAAUCAAGAAUCCCAACGCUUAGUUUGGGUUUGUUACUUUUACUAGCAUUCAUUAUACAGGUCCAAUUGAUUUUACAUUAUCAGUAAGUGUAGUUUAUUAAUAUCUAGAUAACUUAAAUUACAACUAACUCAGUUACUGUUGGUAUAACAAAAAUAGAUGGAAAAUUUUCAAAUCUAAAAUAAAUUGGUUAUUAGGUUGUUGUAGGAGUUGAAGAAGCCUUUAUUAAUUUAGGAUUAAAGUCUCCAACAGGAGCCUUUAGCAGUGAUGUAUUACCAAUCUAGAUAAACAGAUGGUUUGUUAUUCCUUUAUAGGGACUAAAUUAUAAUAAUGCUGAUAACAUCAGAAUGUAAACCAAUUUUACAAAUACUGCGUCAACUAAAUAGUAUAAUUAUGCUUCAUGUAAAUUUUAUUCAUUUAAAAUAGGGAAUUCAAUUUAAACUCCAAAUAGACAUUCUUAGAUUUGGGUUGCUUAUUAAUUUACAAACUCAUAUAAAGCACUUGAAUGUUUCAGCAUUAGGACAAGUCGCAAAUAAAUCAUAGAUUUAUCUAUUGUCCCUAAAAUAUAUUUAGAAUUGGUUUCAUUAAAUUAAAUCUACACAACAGUUGGAAACUAUAACUACUUAGUAAAUAAAUCAAUUAUGCCUCUUUAUAUGAUUAUUUAAUCAACAUGUCCAAAUGGAAAAAAGAUUAAAGCAGAUUUCAAUAAAUGUAAUUCCUGUAGCAUUUCUAAAUUUUAUUCUUUUACCUAUAAUUGUUUUAAUCAAAUGAAUUACGUUGGUUUUUUUCCAAAGUUUAAGUAAGCAUUCCAACAAUAUAAUCAAUUUAAAAUUAAUUUACAAGCAUCAUCAGUUGAAAUAAUUCAAGUGCUUUAUGAUUAAUAAAUUACAGAAUAAACUAUAGUCAAACUUGAGAUAGUAGAUUUAUGA